UGGGACGAGAAUGAGUAUUAAAAAAAAAAAGGAGUCAUUAUUUAGAACGAAGAUGAGAUAAUUAAAUUAAAAAAUUGAUGGUUCGAAAAAAUUGAUCAAAAAUAACAAAAUAACAAAAAUGCUGCUUUAAUAUUUUAUUUUUUUAAAAUGAAAAAAUUGGCAAGGAGGAACCGUAGCGUACUCUCGUCAUAUGAAAAUGAUACAAUUUCUAAUAAUUUUUAAUAAUAAUAAUAAAUAAUAAAAUUUAUUUAAAGGAGCAAUUCAAUUGGCAACUUCUUCUUCCAAGGCCACAAGGCGGAGAGUGAAAACCGCUGCUCCUUCGGCUUUCUGUGUGUCAGUAAACAGCUAGUUUCCAUUGACCGCCAACUACCUGGAAGGUAAAUUCUUUCCCGUUGAAUUUUCCCUCCUCCUUGUAUUGACUUUCCGCUCCUUUCCCUUCAAAACCAAACAGUCCCUUCCCUUUCGAUUCCAAGAAAUUCACAUUUUCCUCUUCCCAAAUAUGGAGAACUCUACUCAAGAAUCUCACCUCAGAUCCGAUUACAAUUCCAUUACCUAUGAAUCCCUUUACCCUAUUUACGCCAUGGCUUUCUCCUCUUCUCCUUCCCGCUCCGUCGCCAACCACCACCGUAUUGCUGUUGGAAGUUUCAUCGAAGACUACAACAACCGAGUCGACGUUAUUUCUUUCGACACCGAAACCCUAUCUUUCAAGACUAGCCCUACUAUUUCCCUCGACCACCCUUACCCUCCGACUAAACUUAUGUUCCAUCCCGCUGCCGCUUCCUCUCUCCGUAAGACGUCGGAUCUCCUUGCCUCGUCAGGUGACUAUCUCCGACUCUGGGAAGUUCGGGAAAGUUCCGUUGAACCUGUUUCUGUUCUUAAUAAUAGUAAGACUAGUGAAUUUUGUGCUCCGUUGACUUCUUUUGAUUGGAAUGAGAUUGAGCCUAAGAGAAUUGGGACUUGUAGUAUUGAUACGACCUGUACUAUUUGGGAUAUUGAAAGAGGAGCUGUUGAAACGCAGCUUAUUGCUCAUGAUAAAGAGGUAUACGACAUUGCUUGGGGCGAAGCAAGGGUUUUUGCGUCGGUUUCUGCAGAUGGGUCUGUUAGAAUUUUUGAUUUGAGAGAUAAGGAACACUCUACAAUCAUUUAUGAAAGUCCACAACCAGAUACACCUCUGCUUAGAUUGGCUUGGAACAAGCAGGAUUUGAGGUAUAUGGCAACCAUUUUGAUGGAUAGUAAUAAAGUUGUGAUCUUGGAUAUUAGAUCACCAACUAUGCCUGUUGCAGAGUUAGAAAGGCAUAGAGCGAGUGUUAAUGCUAUUGCUUGGGCUCCACAGAGCUGUCGGCAUAUUUGCUCUGUUGGGGAUGAUGCACAGGCACUCAUUUGGGACUUGCCUACUGUGGCUGGGCCUAAUGGGAUUGAUCCCAUGUCUAUGUACUCUGCAACUUCUGAAAUCAAUCAGUUGCAAUGGUCAGCUUCCCAGCCUGAUUGGAUUGCUAUUGCAUUUUCGAACAAAAUGCAGCUUUUAAAAGUUUGAGAUACUAUAUAAUGUUUUACUGAGUAGGGUACUAGCUUUGAUGUUAACUUGUAUUAUUGAAACUCUAUUGUUUUUUCUAAUUAGAAAUUUGCUUGCUUUGAAUGAAUUUAGAAAUUAGUUGAUGCUAGCUUAAAUCUAGUGCUAGUUUUAUUUC